AAUGGGCCAGGUGGAGACAUUUGUGGCCAGCUGCUAACAUCCUUUAAGCCUGCAUGUGCGACAUCGAUCAGCGAUGGGCAGCAACUUCCGCAGCUACAUCUGGGACCCGGUCCUCAUCGUCUGUCAGAUUGUGUUGAUGCAGUGUAUCUACUACAGCUUCUUGGGCCUGUGGUUGGCUGGUGUGGAUAGUCUUGUGCAAAGUAGUAGAUCACUGGAUCAGAUCUUUAGCUAUGAGGUUCUUGGUUUUGCCACCAUGCAGGGCAGGCUCUCGAUGAUGGCAUUCAUCUUGAACUCUCUUACCUGCGCUCUUGGUCUGUGGUUCUUCAUCCGCCGAGGGAAACAGUGCCUGGACUUCACAGUCACCAUACACUUCUUUCAUAUGAUCGGCUGCUGGAUCUACAACUCCCACCUUCCCUCCGCCCUCUCCUGGUGGCUCGUCAAUGUAGCCUGCAUGGCGCUGAUGGCUGUGAUCGGAGAGUACCUGUGCAUGCGGACUGAGCUCAGGGCAAUUCCUGUCAACAGUGGACCUAAAUCUAACCUGUGAAGGUGUCCUUGAUUUCACACUGAAUUUUUAACUCAGCAGGAACUUGGUGGGCAGUUAUUUUUCUCAGUUUGUAAACAAAAAGAACAAAAAUCA